AUGGUUUCUGGAGGUCCCAGCGCUGAAGCAAUCAAGAAGAUUAUCGGACAAAAGAACCUCAAGCUAGAUGAGUAUGAGAGAGCAAUAUCAAAGGAGGUUGUUCACCCAGAUGAAAUUACCGUUCGAUUCAACGACAUCGGGGGUCUGGAGUCAAUUGUAUCGUCUCUCCGCGAAACCAUAAUUUAUCCUUUAAUACAUCCCGCUCUUUUCACCUCGGCAUCUCCCCUCCUCGGUGCCCCAAAAGGUGUUUUACUCUACGGACCUCCCGGAUGCGGAAAGACCAUGCUCGCUCGUGCGCUGGCCAAAGAAUCGGGCGCGACAUUCAUUAACGUUCCCGCAUCAACACUCACAAACAAGUGGUUCGGUGAGUCCAACAAGCUAGUCGCAGGUCUGUUCAGCCUCGCACGGAAAGUCCAACCCGCAAUCAUAUUCGUCGAUGAAAUCGACUCCUUCCUGAGGGAACGCCGUGGAGAUGACCACGAGGUAAUGGGUAUGAUGAAGGCAGAAUUCAUGACUUCAUGGGAUGGCUUGACAUCGGGCUCUGACAGGAUACUAGUGCUAGGCGCGACAAACAGACCAGGUGACAUUGACCCUGCAAUUCUGCGGCGCAUGCCAAAGCGGUUUGCUGUGGCUCUUCCAGAUGCAGAACAGAGAUUCAAAAUUCUGUCCUUAAUGCUCAAAGACACGAAACUGGAUCCCCAUCUUUCCCUGCGUGUCCUUGCUUCCCAGACAACGGGAUUCUCUGGUUCUGAUCUGCGCGAAUUAUGCCGCAACGCUGCAAUGGUCCCAGUGAGGGAAUGUAUGCGCGCCAUGGAGCAUGACGAAGCAGCGUUGAUGAAGGUCGAGAAAGAGGGCUUCAACAUGCGUUCGCUCACCCUCACCGAUUUUUAUGAAGCAGAGGGAUCGACGCUCCAACCACCCGAUCCAGAGGAUGAAACCAUUCCACAGGCAGACAAGGAUCUUGCGACAAAGGAAGCUCUGGUUAUCGAGGAGGUAUCCGAGUGCGAGAGUGAUAAUGAAUCAAGAUUCCAGACCGACGAUGAGUCGACAGUACUUGACGGCGACAAUGAAUCGACACUGAAAGAUAAGAGCAGUGACGACUCGUGAUAUCUGUAUUUAUUACGCCUCAAGCUUCAUGGAUUGCAUCAAUUACUGAGUAGCACUGAUUAUUAUCAUAUAGACUAGAUAUAACUGAUCAUCCCCACUAUGAGAAAACCGAUACAAGAGACACAAUCAGAUUGGGUAUUGCAGGAUUGCCUUCAUGGCUAUUGCCGCAGCACGGUAUGUGUCUUGUGCAAUUUCCCGAGGGACCAGCCUUCAAGCAAAGCGAAGAGCUUUGAAACGGCGCAGAACAGUGUUGACUCUUGCUAUCAUCGGUGUCCCGUGUUUCUCACCCGUCCUCCAGAUGCUCGGGCUAUUGCCCCUUGCUUCAAGUGGUAUGUCUGAUACUGACUAGUGUUGACAUGUUCAGGGAAAACUAGUGUG